AUGAUUGUGUUAAAAAUUUUCUUUUUGUUCCUGCCUCUGCUGCUCGUAAAUGCACAGGGCGGUGGAAGAUUUGGUUUUCCUAGUCGAUUUGAUUUUCGAAGGCCCAUAGUAAGACCAUUUCCACGACCUAGUGUAUCCCCUGCUCCAGAUACUCCAAUGCCCACAGAAAAAAGUACUGAAAAGAGUACAACCACUGAAAAAAUUCUAGAACCUGUUCCAACAACGAAAGCUGUUUUAACUACAAUUUCUCCAAUUAUCAUUCCCAAAACUACUACGCCACCUUUGUCAAGAAUGCCACCACGUGGACGUUUUUGGCCUCGACCUGUAUUUGAGCCCAAACCUGCCUCUGUGGUGAAUUCUCCAAUCGAAACAUCGACAGGGGCCUUGGAAAUAGUUACCCCGAUGAAAAUUUUUCCUGUAUAUUCUCCGGUCCUAACGGAAUCGAAUAUACCAUCAACAAGAUCACCGUUCAUACCUAAUCGUAUAACAAGUAAUAGUCACCAAAAUUUUGAUCUCAAUUCUCAAAAUUCUCCAUUUAUGUCUCAAAAUACAAACGAAGAUGAUAAAACUGCUGGAUAUCAAACCGAAAAAGUUAGUAGUGAAGAAUUGAAAACUACAUCAGAAUUACCCUCAUCUACACAAGAACUUUUAAAGGUCACGGAAGAUUCUAUAAAUAACAAGCCAACCGUUUCGUCACCCUCAAUAGUAACAGAAACUGAGACAGAAAAAAUAGCUACAACUUCAAAAGCGUUAUUACUCGAAGAAAGUACAAAAUAUGAACACCCUUCAAGUUUAAAUCCAGUCGAGUAUACUAAAGCCUACGUAUCUCGACCUACACCAACAGUUACAUCGACUCCCAAAAUAAUUAUUGUACCAGCAAUUACAGUGACGUCAAAUGCACCACUUGACGAGGAAAGCAACAAUGAAUUUUCAAAUUUCAACAUAAGAAAUCGAGUGCCACCUUAUACAUCCCACGCUUUGAAUGUACCGGUACCUGAGAAUCGACGAGAUUUUACUUCUGGUUCAUCUUUUCCAUCAAAGGAUAGUAUAAUAACAGCAGUGACUACAGAAAAACCGCCAUCAACAAAAGAAACAAAAGAGUACCAUAGCAAAGAACCUUCUACAAACGAACCGGUAAUAAAAGUAGAAGAAACUCCAUUUAAGUUAGUUCCAACAACUGAAGCCACCCCAGCGAGGACUAAUGUUUAUAAAUUAUCAACUAACGGUAUUAACAGCUUCAAAGAUAAUUAUUAUGAGCAAACAACAGCUGCACCUAAAAUUUUCUCCACAUCAACAAAGGAACCUAAAAAAUAUGCCAUACCUAUAGCUACUGCAGGCCCAGUUAUUGGCGAACAAAAAAUGGACGAUGAUCGAGGCUUUACGCCAAAGAAUCCUGUAAUAUGGCCAAUUGAAAAUUCUGAAAAAACAAAAAUCCCAACGGAUGGUUAUAAAUACGACACACCCAUUUAUCCUAUAUAUUCCAAUAAUGAAGCAAGUUACGAGAAACAAAAAUCUAUUACAAAUGCACCAACUGUUAUGACUAAUCCUACAACAAUAACUGAAAAGUUUACUCUACCGACGACAUCUAAACCAUUGAUAACUGAUGAUUACAAGAAAUACGAUUUGACCUCAGAAACUCCAAUAGAAUAUACCAGUCAGCAUGAAAUAACAACAGAAUCGUCGUAUAAAUUAGAUACAUAUUCCACACGUUCAGUUUCUCUAAGCAAUGAUGAAGAGAGUUACCUUAAAGAGGACGGGAAACCAGAAGUCAUUAAUACGUCUAAUUCAUCGCAAUCAUAUAGAACCUGGUAUCAUAAAACCGGUAAGCCAUCAACUGAGCCACCAAAGGCCGUUAUAAUUCAGCUCUCGAAUAACAACCGAUAUACUAAAACAACGACUGCACCUAAGCCAUCAGUUCGUUAUACCACUCCACAACCAAAGAAUUCGUACGUAGAAAAAGUGUAUGACAUAGGAAACUUUAAAUGUAAGGACGAUGGAUUCUAUCCAAUAACAAAUCAAUGUGACGACUUCAUCGAAUGCAAGUCUGGAGUCGCUAUACAAAACUCUUGCCCUGAUGGACUUCAUUUCAAUCCGGCAGCUAAACACUCCGAAUUUCCAUGUGCCUACCCUUCAGAGGUUAAGUGUGAGAGCCAAGCUGCCAGUCGUAAAGCUCAACCAACUUCCGAAUGUCCGCGUCGCUAUGGCUACUUCUCUCUGCCGAGUGGUGCCUGUGACAAGUACAUUAUGUGUCAAGAGGGUCUGGCCACAGUGAUGUCUUGUCCCGCAGGACUUGCCUUUAACAUAGCCACAAGCAGUUGCGAUUGGCCUUCGAAUGUUCCCGACUGUGUGCCUGAUGGCAAGCAAAGACAGCGGGAUGUUCCUUUAGCGCAGCCCUGCCGAGCGCCAACGUCGCCCCAGUUGACUCGAAUCGAACGAUUGCGUAGUCGCGCAAGGACCCCUGGGCUCUGA